AUGUAUUAUAUGAAUAUUAUGGCUCUGGGUCAUGCUGUAGUAGUCUGGGAAUGGGAAAAUCGCAACGGAAGAUGGAAACCACAUAGUCCUGAAGUUGCACAACUUUUAGAAAGAGCUCAUUUUAAAAAGUUGACUAGAGUUAUACUUAGAGAUGCUGAUCCCAAACUAGAAUCAUUUGUUAACCUGAGAACAAUGUAUCAGUGUUCUGAAGAAAAUGAAGGAGCGUUUUUGGCGGUUCGAAGAUCUUAUUAUCCAGCUAGUUCUCUACCAGGUAAAGGAGCUAGAUGGGAAUGGGCUGGUGAUAUUUCCGGAGAAUGGCAUACUUAUGAUAUGGAAUCUCAGUGUUUUUUAGAAACAGCAUACGCUAUGGGCUGUCAAAUAAUUGAUGUCAGUAAAACAUAUUUAGGCUUUCCAUAUACCAUUGACUUUUGUAAUAUGACCCAAGUGAGAAAUGAUAGUGGUCAUAAAAAAAAUAUUAGACGAGUCAAUCAAGCACCUUAUCCACUAGUAAAAAUACAAUCAGAUGAAGUGAUUCAGUUUAAUGAUAGAGCAGUCAUUGACACUAUUAGAAAUCUUUCACUUUUAGAAAAAUCUGCUAGAAAAUCUAAUUCAGACUGUAUAGAAACACUUACCAAAAAACAAUUACAAUGUAAAAAAAAUAAGCAAAUGACUUCUGAUAAUUACCAUAGUGGAACAAAUAUAGCUCGAACUCUACUAAAUAUUUUUGCUAACAAAAAUCCAUCUUCACUCUCACGGGAAACUCAGUGGCCUUUAGCAUCCGCAAUCAAUAAAAGUUGUAAUACAUCUAUUAAAUCAGAUUCAUCAAUUAUAGACUUAGAUAUAAGUAGUAAUCGUAGCGGUAGGCGUCCUAGUGUAGAUACUGUAUCUACUUACUUAAGUCAUGAUAGCCAUGAACAUCGAACCUCACGGUGUGAUCUUUUAGAUUAUUCAGGUGGUAGUAUUGGAAGUGAUGAUGUGUUUGAGUAUCAGCAUAAGUCCAGUGAAAAUAGGAAUCAAUCAGUUUUUGGAAUAAAUUCAGUUAGUGAAAAAUUAUCUCAUUAUGUUCAAAUUGUGGAUGAUUUUUGGCCAGGACUUGAUUCUUUAUGCCCUUAUUGCCAAAAUCCACUCACAUCAUCUAACUCAAGUAAAGUUCUUGUGGUAGCUUUAAGUCAGUGCCAACACAGGAUGCACCUUGCAUGUCUUAAUUCAGUUUUAAAUAAUCAACCUAACUCUAACCAGUUUAUGUAUAUUCAAUGUCCAAUCUGCUUAAAAGUAUAUGGAGAAAAAAGAGGAAAUCAGCCACCCGGUACUAUGAAAUACACUUACUUAAAUCGUUCAUUGCCUGGUUAUGGUAGCACUAGAACUAUCCAAAUAACUUACGAGAUAUCAUCUGGUAUUCAAGGGGAAGAACACCCUCAUCCUGGAAGACCAUAUUAUGCUCUUGGAUUUCCAAGAAUAUGUUAUUUACCAGAUACAGAAAAAGGCAGACGAGUUUUAUCAUUGUUAAGUAAAGCAUUUGAAAAAAGGUUAGUAUUUACUGUUAGACUUUCAAUGACUACUGGAAAUGAAUAUGUAGUAGCAUGGAAUGGUAUCAUACAUAAAUCAGAUUUUGAAACUAGAUUACCUCAUGGUUUUCUAGAUGAGUGUAUUAAUCAAUUGGCAGCUCAUGGUGUUAUCUAAUUUAUUUAAGGUAUUAUUUUUAAAAAUAAAAUGUUCUAUAGUUUAUUUUUUUUUUGUAAUAGGAAAAUUUCCUAUUAUAGUUUUAUUCUUAGCCACAUUUUUUAAUUUAUUUACAAUUUUACUAAUAAUUUAUUUUGUAUAAAUAAAUUAAAAUAAAAAAAUUAAUUGGACCCAAAAAUUUUAUUAAUUUAUUGAUCUCUUUUAUUUAAUAAUAUUUUUUUCAUUAAAACUUAAACUUUAUUUAACAUUCUCUAUUUUUUUUUAUUUAAUGUAAACUACUUACAGAUUGCAAUCUAUGAAUCAAUGUUAUAAUAUUGAGUAAAUUUGUAACAAUAUUAUGAUAUAUUUAAAUCAAUUAUAUGUAAAUGUCAAUGGUGAUUGGAAGAAACUAUCUAAGUCAUAAAUAAAUUUAUAUCAUACAUGAUUUUAAAAUAUCAUUUGAUUACUUUGUUUCACCAAUACAUACAUAAAAUUUUUUUGAAUCAUGUAUGUCAAAAAUUUAAAUAAACAUAAUAAAUAUGUAGACAGUUUUUCCAGUGCACCACUAAUUUAAUGAUCGUGAUUAUCAUAUUAAUUAUAUAGGUUAUUUUUGUAAUACUAAC